AUGGACUCUGGGCACUAUUCCGCUGCACGUCAUGCUGCUGCCGCUGCCGCUGCCGCUGCCGCCUCCGCCGGCGGUGUUGGUGGUGGUGCCGUCUACUCGGCGCAGCCCAUCGACCACGCACACGCCUAUCACCAUGGUCACUCUCACUUACAAACACCCGCGCAAUCACCCCAUGGUCAGCCACAGUAUUACUCGAUGAAUCCCGUGAGCCCAUCCGCACAAGGGCCUUCCAUGACGAGCCCGCGCGUCCUACCAAACUCUGAUCUCAUGCCCGGCGCUCACUCACCGGGCUCAGCAACAUCCUCCGCGCCGCACGGCAUGACCGGUCUGCCACCCCAACGCGCUUCGUCCCCGGCGCCUUCUGUGUCGGGAGCGCCUAGUCCUGCCUCCAAGCCUAUCCGGAGGCGCAUGCGCAUGAUCACAUCCUGCCUUGAGUGCCGUCGCCGGAAGCUCAAGUGCAAUAAGUCUCAGCCAUGUGUCAACUGCAUGAAGUUUUCGCGCGACUGCGUCUAUCUUAGCCCCAAGCUGGACGAGGCCAGCCAGCUCCGUCUUACAGAGAUCAAGGAGAAGGUCGGAUCUCUGGAGCGCCAAUUGGAGCGUGAUGUCGCCAAGACGUCCCGCGCCGCCCAGCAGCAAGCUAUCCUCGCAGACGAUGUCGAGGACGACUUUGCCGAGGAGCGGAAUCUAGAGCCCACAGAUAUGACGGCUCUCGACGUCACGUAUGAGGAAGAUGCAGACGGAACCGACGAUCUUAUUGACCUGGGAGUUCAGGUUGGUCGCAUGCGUAUCACAGAACGUAUCGGUGGCCUGUCCAGACCCAGAAUAGCCGAAGAGAUCUCGGCCGGUAUAUCUGGCCCGGGUGGUCCUCCGGGUGGUCCACCAGGUGGUCCACCUUCGGGUGGCCCGAUGGGUGGCAUGGGCGGAAUGAUGGCUAUGAUGGGCGGUAGGGGCAUGGGCGGGGCCGGACGAGGCGGGCCGCCCCGUGGUGGACCGCCUCCUGGGUAUCCCGGCUUCGGUGGUCCACCUCCCGGCAUGGAUGCCAUGUCUGUCGUAAGCGGAAGUUCUGGUGACUCCAUCCCCGACUUUUUGAGGCCUGGUGAAUCCUACAUUCCCCCCUCGAGUGGCUUCUUCUUUGGCCAUACCCCUGAAGCCCUCUCCCUUGACAGAAGAUUGCCCCAAAAAGAGGCCGCAGAUCGACUUACCCAGCAGUACUUCGCAGCGGUUCAUCCCAUUGCGCGGUGUGUUCACAGACCGUCCUUUGAGGUUGAGUAUCAGAAUUUCUGGGAUGAAGUGUACAGCAACAUUGAGCCAAGGGCUUCCACGCAGGCCGUCAUGUUUGCGGCUUGGUUCAGUGCCGCCGUGAGUAUGGAUGAUCCGACAGUGAGGACGUUGUUUGGUGUUACCAAAGCCAACUUGAUCGACCGAAUGAAGACUGAGACAGAGAGAGCCUUGGGAAAGGCCAACUUCCUCCGCACAACUAGAGUCGAAACUAUGCAGGCUUUCAUUAUGUACAUGCUUCCACUCUGCAGAGCCGAGGUAUCUCGAGCGCACUCCGUUCUGGUCGGUGCUGCUGUCAGAAUGGCGGAGUGUAUGGGCUUGCACAGGGAUGGAGAGACAUAUGGGCUGAACCCCCUGGACACACACGUUCGGAGGCUCAUCUGGCAUCAACUCUGCUUCCUCGAUAUCCGCACCUGUGAAGCGCAAGGCCCCAGACCAGCCAUUAGGAGAGAGGAUUACGACACCAAGCUCCCGCUCAAUUGCGAAGAGGAAGAUUUUUACGCGGCCGGCCCACCUCCGGAACCCGCAGACGUGUGGACUUCUUCGUUACUAUCUGCUAUUCGGACAGAGUGCAACGAGAUGAUGCGGGUGAUUUGGCUGGACCGCCGGCGGCUCGAAACCCGCAAAACGACACUCACUGCUGUUCUCCAAAAGAUUGAAAAUUUUAGGCGGCGGAUGGUCGAAAAGUACGAACAUUUGCUUGAUGGUGAGGUGCCCAUUCAACGAUACGCCAAGCUGGUCAUGAACCUGCUCCUCUACCGCCUUCACGUCAUGAUCCUUCACCCCUACCACGCCAACGCCAACAGCCCCAUGACUCACCGCCUCAACAACCUCCUUGUCACCUCGGGCAUUAUGAUCAUCGAGCUCUCGAUACAGCUUGAGAACGAUCCGCAGUUCCGGGAAUGGGCCUGGUACUUGGGCGCAUACCAACAGUUCCAAAUUGCCCUGCUCUUGGCUACCGAAAUCUACUACCGACCGCAAAACAAGGAGGCCUACCGUAUCUGGGCUUGCCUGGAUUACGUAUUUGGCACAGAUCGCAACCUACCGCCUGAGAUUAAGGGUCUGCAGAUCCUAGGUGAGAUCAUGGGCAAAAUGCAAACAUACCAGAGCAUGCGCAAGAUGCGUGCACCAACUGGAACCUCACGAGCGCCGCUGAACAAAACUGCCGUCAACGUGAGGAACGAGAACCCCGGGGUGCAAAAUGCUCAACAGCCACACGCUGGACACGGCAUGCCCAUGGGUUUCAAAUCGGAGCCUGGUAUGGGUGGCCCUGGUGGUGGCAUGCAACAACCCUCACCGAUGAGCGGCAUGGGGUCUCCGGGGAUGGCGUCUCCGCCCAACGCGCAGAUGCAAGGACCGCCUCCUGGAAUCGUCUUUGCCGGCGUGUCAAACGGCGAGGCUAUCUGGAGCAUGCCGCCUGUGAACGCGGACAGCCCGGAAAGUGUAAGCGACGGAGUCAGUGUUGGCGGCCACAGGCCCUCGCAGCCGAUGAAUAUCAUGAACCCUCUCGAGGGUGUAGACUGGGAUAUCAUCAAUAACCUGUUCCCUCACGACCCGAAUACGGGCGAACUGAACAUAUCCGGGUUCAACGAUCCAACUCUCGGGUUGGUGAACGGAUUCCACUGGGCCCAACGAUGA